AUGGGCGACGCUGCCCGAGGGGCGGGCGCAGAGCAGGCGCCCGGCUCGGCGGCGCAGGGCGGCGGUGGGAGCUCCCUCAGCGUCAUCACGGAGGGUGUCGGGGAGCUGGCGGUCAUCGACCCCGAGGUGGCCAAGAAGGCCUGCGAGGAGGUGCUGGAGAAGGUGAAGCUGAUGCACGGAGCCUCCUCCGACGGCCCGAGCGCGGCGGGCGGCGAGGCCGAGCGCGCCCCGCGCCCCGCGGCCGGCGCCGCCGGGGAGGGCUGCGGGGUCCGGUGCCCGGACGAGCCCCCCGGCACGGCCGCCGGCAUCCGCGGCGAGGAGGAGCCCGCGGCCAACACGGUGCGGAGCGCCCGCAAGCGGCAGAAGAACAACUCGGCCAAGCAGUCCUGGCUGCUGCGGCUCUUCGAGUCCAAGCUCUUCGACAUCUCCAUGGCCAUCUCCUACCUGUACAACUCCAAGGAGCCCGGGGUGCAGGCCUACAUCGGCAACAGGCUCUUCUGCUUCAGGGACGAGGAGGUGGACUUCUACCUGCCCCAGCUGCUGAACAUGUACAUCCACAUGGACGAGGACGUGGGGGACGCCAUCAAGCCCUACAUCGUGCACCGCUGCCGGCAGAGCAUCGACUUCUCCCUGCAGUGCGCGCUGCUGCUGGGCGCCUACUCCUCGGACAUGCACAUCUCCACGCAGCGGCACUCCCGCGGCACCAAGCUGCGCAAGCUCAUCCUCUCCGACGAGCUGAAGCCGGCUGGCAGGAGGAGGGAGCUGCCCGCGCUGGGCCCGGGCCCCGAGCCGGGGCUCUCCCCCUCCAAGAGGACUCACCAGAGGUCCAAGUCGGACGCCACGGUCUCCAUCAGCCUGAGCAGCAACCUGAAGCGCACGGCCAGCAACCCCAAGGUGGAGAGCGAGGAGGAGGAGCUCUCCUCCAGUACGGACAGUCUCGAUAAGUCUCCCUGUCCUCCUGUCAGACUCGCCCCUGAGAGGGAGUUCAUCAAGUCCCUGAUCGCCAUCGGGAAGCGCUUGGCCACCCUGCCCACCAAAGAGCAGAAGACCCAGAGGCUCAUCUCAGAGCUGUCCCUGCUGAACCACAAGCUGCCAGCAAGGGCCUGGCUGCCCACUGCUGGCUUUGACCACCACGUGGUGCGGGUGCCUCACACCCAGGCAGUUGUCCUCAACUCCAAGGACAAGGCUCCCUACCUGAUCUACGUGGAGGUGCUGGAGUGCGAGAGCCUGGAGACGGCGAGCGUGCCGGCGCGCAUCCCCGAGAACCGCAUCCGCAGCACGCGCUCGGCCGAGCACCUGCCGGCCUGCGGCGCCGCCGAGCCCCGGCCCCCCGCCUGCGACAACGACGACGAGGCCUGGGCCGUGGACGACAUCGUGGAGCUGCAGGUGGAGCUGCCAGAGAUCCACACCAACAGCUGUGACAACAUCUCCCAGUUCUCUGUGGACAGCAUCACCAGCCAGGAGAGCAGGGAACCAGUGUUCAUCGCUGCUGGAGAUAUCAGGAGGAGGCUGUCGGAGCAGCUGGCUCACACCCCCACGGCCUUCCGCAGGGACCCUGAGGACCCCUCUGCUGUCGCCCUGAAGGAGCCCUGGCAGGAGAAAGUCAGGAGGAUCCGGGAGGGGUCUCCCUACGGCCACCUGCCCUCCUGGCGCCUGCUCUCCGUCAUCGUCAAGUGCGGGGACGACCUCCGGCAGGAGCUGCUGGCCUUCCAGGUGCUCAAGCAGCUGCAGUCCAUCUGGGAGCAGGAGCGAGUCCCCCUCUGGAUCAAGCCUUACAAGAUCCUGGUGAUCUCCGCCGACAGCGGCAUGAUUGAGCCCGUGGUGAACGCUGUCUCCAUCCACCAGAUCAAGAAGCAGUCCCUGCUCUCCCUGCUGGAUUACUUCCUGCAGGAGCAUGGCAACUACAACACUGAGUCCUUCCUGACAGCCCAGAGGAACUUUGUGCAGAGCUGUGCUGGUUACUGCCUGGUGUGCUACCUCCUGCAGGUCAAGGACAGGCACAAUGGGAACAUCCUGCUGGAUGCAGAUGGCCACAUCAUCCACAUCGACUUCGGCUUCAUCCUCUCCAGCUCCCCCAGGAACCUCGGCUUUGAGACCUCUGCCUUCAAGCUCACCACAGAGUUUGUGGAUGUGAUGGGGGGGCUGGAUGGGGACAUGUUCAACUACUACAAGAUGCUGAUGCUGCAGGGGCUGAUCGCUGCCCGGAAGCACAUGGACAAAGUGGUGCAGAUCGUGGAGAUCAUGCAGCAAGGCUCCCAGCUGCCCUGCUUCCACGGCUCCUCCACCAUCCGCAACCUGAAGGAGCGCUUCCACAUGAGCAUGACGGAGGAGCAGCUGCAGCUGCUGAUCGAGCAGCUGGUGGACGGCAGCAUGCGCUCCAUCACCACCAAGCUCUACGACGGCUUCCAGUACCUCACCAACGGCAUCAUGUGAGG